CGGCUCCGGGAGGCGAGGCCUGUUGGCAUCUUUCUUCCUCCUCCUCCUCGGCCCGCCAUGGCGGGUCCUGGCCGACGACCACGGCGGGAAAGGCGCCUCUCCCCGCCCCCCUGUCGCUUCCCCGAGGACCCUCAGGAGGUGGCAGCCCCGGGCCCCGCUAGUGUUGAAGCAUCAGAAUACACAGAAGAGGAGGAGAAGCAAGGGCCUUUAUCAGAGGUUACUCUAACACCUUGGGAAGAGUGGUUCGUGUGCAAAGAAAAAGAACAACGAAUCCGACUACAAAAUCGAGCUCUGGAGGCUAUGAAUCUACAACUAGAACAAAGAAAAGAAGCGCAAGAACGUGAAAAAAGAAAAAUGAUCGCCGAAGAAAAACACAAGGAAUGGGUUCUGAAGAAAAAUGAACAGGAAAGAAAAGAAAGGGAACUGAAGCUUAGUAAAGAAAUGGAAGAAAAAGCAGCCAAGGAGAGAGAGAGAGAGCAGUUGCAGGAGAAAGCCAAAGAAAAAUAUCAAGAAUGGCUGAAGAAAAAGAACACUGAAGAAUGUGAAAAGAAGAGAAAGGAGAAGGAAAAGGAAAAACAAAGGUUAGCAGAAUUGCAGGAGAAAAAGGAAAUAUCAGAGAAGAAAUUUAAAGAAUGGUUACAAAACACAAAGAAUAAACCUCGGCCAGUUUUAAAUAGCUAUGGUUGUGCCAUUGAGAAACUGACAGGUUGCUACGGCAGAUAUUCCUAUCCAGCACCCACUUUUUAUAACCCAAUUCCAUGGAAACCUAUUCACAUGCCUCCUCCUAAAGAAGUUAAGAUGCUUCCAGGGAAGAAAAAUAAGAGACCUUUUUCCAGUCAGUCAUACAGGUCCUCAUCGAUGGUGAUACCCCAACCCAGGAACAAUCUUUUCCUUGGAACUCUGCACAAAAUACAAAGAUAACUUGAAUGAGUGGCAUAUAGUUUUUAACUGAAGCUACAGUGGUUUUUCUUAAAACAGAAAACUAUUUUUGGUAGUAUCUAAUUAUUUUCUAUCGGGACAUUCAUUUUAGGUAAGUAGGCACUCUAGAGAAGGGAAAUAUUUUACAUUUUUUUACUUUUAUGAAAGUUUCGAGAAAUAAUAUUUAGAAUAUCUUAGAUGCUGCUUAGUACAUCUUUUCAGCAUUGAAGAUGUGCAUCACUGCAGCUAAGUUUGUAGUUACCCAUAGUGCUGUAUACUCUGUGAUAGAAAUAAACAAUCGCUUACA